AUGGGUGUAGGGAUUGCAAUCCGGAAAAAUGGAUCCGGUAAUCCGGCGGAUCUGGCAUCAUUUAAUGGUUACCGGAUUCGGUACCAAUAUCGGUAUAUUGGAAGACCGGAUCCGGUUCUAGCACAAGAAGCCACGUGUUAUAGCGUACAUACUAAAAAAGAGAAAGAUUUUGAUAAAGUACAAAAAAAAGAAAUGACGACAUUUGAAAGCGAUGGAGUCCGAGGAGAAUACUUGUCUGCUAUUCAUGAUUAUUUGCUGACAAUAAAGCCGACAAGUGUAGAAGCUGAAAGGGCCUUUUCGGCCGCAGGCUAUAUUUGCAGCUCUAUUAGAAGUCGUUUAGCUGAUGACACAAUUAACAAUAUUUGUUUUCUACGAUCGUAUUUUCAAAAUCAAUAUUGA